AAAAAAUUAAAAAAUGGAAAAUUUUAAAAAAGGGAGAGAGCAUUUUAAUUGGCGUAGAGAUGGGAAGGAAAGAAGGACAGAAAGGAAUGGAACAUUUGGCUGCAAAUUGAUUGAUUCUCUCUAAGAUCUCAUCUUUUUUAUCAUUUUCCUCUCUUCCUCUCUGCUUUCUCUGAGUCUGUGAUCCUUCCUUCUGAUUCCAUCAAACUCAGAUCAGUCGCAGACCCCAAAUAGGAUUGAAGCAACGAGUGUUUCAGUUUAGAGAUAUUUUUUAAGUUCCCAUCUCGGUUGUUGUUGCUUCUUGUUUUAUAGUUCUUGUGAAGUCAUUGGUUAAGAGAGAGAGAGAGAUUUGGUUCGUGGAGAUAUAUGGCAGAGGUGAAAGAUCAAUUAGAGAUUAAGUUCCGGCUAAAUGAUGGUUCAGAUAUCGGUCCUAAAUGGUUUCCUGAUGCUACAACCGUUGCAACAUUGAAGGAAACUGUUGUUGCUCAGUGGCCUAAAGAUAAGGAGAACGGGCCAAAGACGGUGAAAGAUGUGAAAUUGAUAAGCGCAGGUAGAAUAUUGGAGAACAACAAGACGGUUGGAGAUUGCAGGAGUCCUGUCUGUAAUCUCUCAGGUGCUGUCACCACAAUGCAUGUAAUCAUUCAACAUCAGGUUAUUGAACAAGAAAAGAAGAAGAAGAAGCCUAAAGGUGAUGUGAAAAAAAAGAACAAAUGUGUCUGUUUAUGUUUUGGAGCUCGGUGUUAACAAAAGCACAAGAAAAGUAGAGUUAAAAAAAGCUUGGGAGAUUCAGAUUCUCUUCUUGAGCCUUCUUCAAUACUUUUUUUUUCUUUCUUGUAAUUUUUCUCUUUUGUUGGUGACACCAUUGGCUUUUUGAUCGCUUGAGGUUUUUGGUUUCUCCUAAUGUAACUUUGAUUCAUCAUAUAAAACCGUGGAAUCAUAGAAAACUAAACACAAAUUUGCACUUACUCUU